AUAAUAAAUGAGAAAUACACAAGAAACUAGACGGACUUGCAAUAAUCAGAUGGAUAUGUAAAGUGUAUAAUCUUAAAGAUAUAUUUUCUAGCAAAGGAGUUUCAUAAUACAAAAAGCAUCGGCAAAAAACAAAGAAGAAAUUUUAAACGUGGAAACCAUUGAAAGUCGCUGUCAAGCGUAAAAAUCUAACAUCUAAUCCUGUCAAAAUAUAUAUAUAUUUUUGGUAACAAAAUGACAAAUCUAGUGUGUUGGUGCAUUUAGGGGAGUUUUUUGGGGGUCCAGUGACCGGAAGGUGGUGAGAUGAUAAGGUGGAGAUAUUGCUUGGUACUGACCAUGUUGUUGCUACUGCCGAUGAGGAUUGGCUCCAGGAUAGACGAUGAUGAGGACGAAGAGCAUAGUGAAGAUCCUGGUGAUGAAGAAGAUGAAGAAGAUGACGAAGACGAGGAAGAACAAUUAGAGAAGGGUGAACGUAUAGCAGGUACACAGGCUCCUGAAUUGUUGCUAAUAUCCAAAGCAUUGAUCGUUACCAGGACGACCAAGAAGCGACCGUUAGAAUGCUACGUCUGUGCGUUCAAGACGGAAAUUCCGAUCAGGGCAUGCUUGGAUCCUACUAAAUACAGGGUACAUACAAUGACGUGUCACAGCCCACAAGACAAGUGCUUCACCUCUGUCAUAUCGAAGGGUCAUAAUUACGAGUCUGUGAUAAGAGGUUGUCGGUCUGGGUGUGUAGGAUCACCAGAGACGACCUGCUGUGAGCUAAACCGCUGCAACAACCAAGCUUUAGUAAUGCCAGUGCCGCCCCCUCGUGUCCUUGUCCAGAAUAAAUCAAAUAAGUCCAUACCACCUACUGUACUGUUCUUUGUCACUAUUUUGUUGCUAUUACAAAAUGUUGCUAAAGUGGCAGUGGUAUAAAUCUCGUCGAAUUUUGACGUAGACAUAGAAGAAACGAUGCCGAUCUUGACCUGUAAUAUAUAUUUUAGAAGCAUUUACUUCACUUAUUUGUAGAAAGUUCUCGAUUUUGAAUGUGAUCUUUGUAAGAAUUACAUGGGUUUUUGCAAAGUUUACGU